AUGUCGACAAUAGGAGAAGAUGGACUCAUUGAAACCCAUGUAAUCCCUAAAAAGCGCCUGACUCAGCUCUAUAAGAACUUAUCCAAACAACGUCAAUUUGUUCCCCCAUUCCCUAAACAGACUCAGCCACUGAACGACGAGAUUCUUCCUUUUGAAUUCACCAAAGGCGACGAAAAGUACAUCAAAGAACAUAUUAUUGCUUCUGUCAUUACCCACAGCGCCAUUCCAGACUUCUUACGAUUGGAACCAAGUGAUAUCCCACACCUACAGAAAAGAUAUGGGUACCAACGGCUACAGGUUAAAAUGAGAGACAUCUGUAACAGGUUAUCAGGGACCCCGUGUUUGGCGAGUGUUCACAAACAAACAGCCACAGAAGACAUGAUAGAUCAGAUUGACAUGACGUGGAAUCUGUCCAGGGAAUUAACCAAGGCCAUGAAGAAGAGGAACAGGUUAACAUCCACCAUUUACCAUUUUCUGCUCAUAUUUCAGAAUCUACAUCCUCACUUGUCUAUGAAGAUGGCUGCAGCUACUAUGGUUCAUCUUUUGGAGGAAGGGCAUGCCCGUAUCAACAUCAAGCGGUUUGUGUUCCCUGCGUUGGAGUACAGCGGGCCUACGUGGGAGACUGUUAUGACCAAUAACCUGUCUCCACUGACUAAAGACACCGAGAGGACAGGGAGAAGCGAUUUUUCGAGAGCAGAGAAGAGGAAACUAGCUGAAGCGUUAUUGAAACUACACCGUUGCAAGUAUCCUCAGAGAGAGGAGGAUAUCAUCGGUAUCGUGGAAAGAUUGAUUGAAGAGACAAAAAGGAAGUACACCCCUGUCCAGCUCAUUAGGGAGAUGGUCUGUAUGUUGGGAAAAGUGGAUCAAAUCAAGUCUGUGGUGAGAAUGAGCGUUCGGCUACAGAUGAGUCUUUACUUUUUGCUCGCAAUUGAGACACGAAUCUCGCAUCAACAGGAGAAGGCUCGGAGAAGAGAGCUUGAUACGAGGGGUCGUGAAGUGAUGAGAAUGAUCAAGGAGAGGUCUUCAGCAGGAAUUCUUGAAGAAGACAUGUCACUGAAUGUGUCUUGA